UAAAAUGCUUUUCAUCAGUGCAUCCUUUCCACAUUCGACACACCGCAUUUCUCCACAAUAUAUAUUUUUUCAAAGUACAAUUUAUAGUUACAAACACUCUUUUAAAAUUGAUUUCAAAUAAAAACAGACACUUGCAAUUUAGCCUUUUUAGAGUAAUCAUCAUUAAACUGUUUGUUUUCCAUCUAGCACACUGACUUAUGUAAAUGCUUAGUAUAGGCACAAAGUUUAAAAUUUCACGUCAUUUUCUUAAAACAAUUUUAUACACAGAUUGUUUGCAGUUUUUCCUAGUGAAGUCAAAUGUAUUCUGUUGUCAGGUUCUCCUGGUGAGGCUUCUGGUGCUCGUCAGAUCGCCAAGAGCAAAGGCCCGCCUAAUCAGGAUUUAUGGCCCCCUGUGACGGAUUUGGGGGGGUGGUUAAAGAAAAAUGUUCUAAGUCAUUUUUGUUUGAUAUGACUUCAAUAAAAUGUUAUCUUUAAAUUAGUUUAUAUACUAUAGUACAAUGAAUAGAGAAGAGAACAAAGAGUGUUGCUGAUGUGUUUUUUUCUUUUUUUCAUUUUGCAUUUCAUAUUUUUUUCUCCAUUAGGUAAAUUUUGAAGAAAAUUUUAAAAAUCUUUUACACAACACAAAAUCACCAACCAACUUUCCGUAAGGGACAUCCCUGGUAGGGGGUAUUGGGCCCUUGGCAACGGUAUUUGCAAAGUUCUACUGGCCUCUUUAUGCAUCUGAGUGUCCACAAUCCCCAGAUCUUGCGCCCGAUACAAUUAACUUUCCACGUGUCGCUGACGAGGAUGCUGAAGUUCUAGGGAAACCCAUCACUAUGGCAGAAGUCUCUGAGGCCAUUGCUGGUUAGCUGGAUUGAGUGUUCCCAGUUUCUGCCUGACUGAGCUCACCUGAUCCAGGUGGCCAGUUAUAAAUGCAGCGGGGUUAGCUGCAAAGCAGACUGUAAGAAGACAAUUUAAUCAUCUCCAUUUUCAGGGAUCAUCUCAGAAAGAAUCAACAGAUGUUUCAAAAGCCAAGAGAGGAAGAAAGAAAAAGUUUUCAGCCAAUGCUCAACAAGUCUUUAGCUGAACAGCGGCAAUACGAGGAAGCAAAGAAAGGGGCGCUGAAGAAAGCUGAGCAAGUCAAAGAAAACGCAGUAGAACACCAAAGUGAAAGAAAUUGUGAGAGAGGCCGGUGGCGGAGGGGCCGGUGGGGCAGAGGCCGGUGGCUCAAGGACCGGUGGCUCAAGGACUGGCGGCGCAAAGACCAGCGGCUCAAAGACCGGCGGCUCAAAGGCCGGCAGCGCAAAGACCAGCGGCGCAAAGACCAGCGGCGCAAAGACCAGCAGCGCAGAGACCACCACUCCAAUCGCAAAGUGCCACGAAUCGAGCCAGGGACGACCGGAGGCAGGCUGCGGCAAAUAGAGGAUCAUCUCAGAAAGAAUCAACAGAUGUUUCAAAAGCCAAGAGAGGAAGAAAGAAAAAGGUUGGUCAUGAACAUUUUUACUUAUUUUACUUACUCCUGGUGAGGCUUCUGGCGCUCGUCAGAUCGCCGAGAGCAAAGGCCCGCCUAAUCCGGAUUUAUGGCCCCCUGUGAACGGAUUUGGGGGGCGUGGUUAAAGAAAAAUAUUCUAAGUCAUUUUUGUUUGAUAGUUUUUAGCCAAUGCUCAACAAGUCUUUAGCUGAACAGCGGCAAUACGAGGAAGCAAAGAAAGGGGCGCUGAAGAAAGCUGAGCAAGUCAAAGAAAACGCAGUAGAACACCAAAGUGAAAGAAAUUGUGAGAGAGGCCGGUGGCGGAGGGGCCGGUGGGGCAGAGGCCGGUGGCUCAAGGACCGGUGGCUCAAGGACUGGCGGCGCAAAGACCAGCGGCUCAAAGACCGGCGGCUCAAAGGCCGGCAGCGCAAAGACCAGCGGCGCAAAGACCAGCGGCGCAAAGACCAGCAGCGCAAAGACCAGCGGCGCAAAGACCACCACUCCAAUCGCAAAGUGCCACGAAUCGAGCCAGGGACGACCGGAGGCAGGCUGCGGCAAAUAGAGGAUCAUCUCAGAAAGAAUCAACAGAUGUUUCAAAAGCCAAGAGAGGAAGAAAGAAAAAGUUUUCAGCCAAUGCUCAACAAGUCUUUAGCUGAACAGCGGCAAUACGAGGAAGCAAAGAAAGGGGCGCUGAAGAAAGCUGAGCAAGUCAAAGAAAACGCAGUAGAACACCAAAGUGAAAGAAAUUGUGAGAGAGGCCGGUGGCGGAGGGGCCGGUGGGGCAGAGGCCGGUGGCUCAAGGACCGGUGGCUCAAGGACUGGCGGCGCAAAGACCAGCGGCUCAAGGACCGGUGGUUCAAAGGCCGGCAGCGCAAAGACCAGCGGCGCAAAGACCAGCGGCGCAAAGACCAGCAGCGCAAAGACCAGCGGCGCAAAGACCACCACUCCAAUCGCAAAGUGCCACGAAUCGAGCCAGGGACGACCGGAGGCAGGCUGCGGCAAAUAGAGGAUCAUCUCAGAAAGAAUCAACAGAUGUUUCAAAAGCCAAGAGAGGAAGAAAGAAAAAGUUUUCAGCCAAUGCUCAACAAGUCUUUAGCUGAACAGCGGCAAUACGAGGAAGCAAAGAAAGGGGCGCUGAAGAAAGCUGAGCAAGUCAAAGAAAACGCAGUAGAACACCAAAGUGAAAGAAAUUGUGAGAGAGGCCGGUGGCGGAGGGGCCGGUGGGGCAGAGGCCGGUGGCUCAAGGACCGGUGGCUCAAAGACCGGCGGCUCAAAGGCCGGCAGCGCAAAGACCAGCGGCGCAAAGACCAGCGGCGCAAAGACCAGCAGCGCAGAGACCACCACUCCAAUCGCAAAGUGCCACGAAUCGAGCCAGGGACGACCGGAGGCAGGCUGCGGCAAAUAGAGGAUCAUCUCAGAAAGAAUCAACAGAUGUUUCAAAAGCCAAGAGAGGAAGAAAGAAAAAGGUUGGUCAUGAACAUUUUUACUUAUUUUACUUACUCCUGGUGAGGCUUCUGGCGCUCGUCAGAUCGCCGAGAGCAAAGGCCCGCCAAAUCCGGAUUUAUGGCCCCCUGU